AUGGCACCUGCCAAACAGAAUGCGAAGCCCGUCUUCAAAACAUCGUCGCCAUUCGCAGAGACGAAGUGGCCUGAAGUUUCACGAGAAGACGAAGAAGUCAUACUAGAAUUGCUUUGCAAUCUUAUCACACCGCUAGGUGACCAUCGCAGAAACCACAUCCAUCCAUCCAGAGGGAAGAAGAGAAGACGCAACACGAAUUCCAGUAAUGAUGAUCCCACGAUGACCGAGACUGCGCCUUCUGUGCCAGAUAUUGGGGAGCAUCUGCUCGUCGGUCUCAAUAGCGUAACGCGCCAUCUGGAAGCUUUAGCUGCCAAGAACGCUCCUUCGACCGCAUUUGUUGCGAAUCAAAAGCUUACCAAGGACCUGGUUCAGCUCAAUCUCGCUGGGAAGGCCGGAAAUGGCGCAGAGGAGAAAGAGACGCCACAAAAACAUUCCGAAGCAGCCCUCAAGCCCUUAAGCAUGGUCAUUCUAACUCACCCCAAACCUUCUCUAUCACCCGCACACGCCCAUCUUCCAACACUGAUCCACUUAGCCACCCUAUCUUCAACACUUGCUACACCGAAAACAUUCAAGACAGUCACACGACUCGUUCCGGUCCAGACAUCAGCGGAUUCCCGACUCGCAUCCAGCCUACACAUCCCCCGUGUUGGAGCCAUAGCCAUCUACGAAGGCGCCCCGGGAGCUAAGACGCUGGAAGAGUACGUCCGCGAACAUAUUGGGUUGACAGAGUGCGACUGGAUUGAUGAGGCCAUGAGCGCAGAGUGGAAGGGGCUGAACGUCAAGAAUGAGAUACCUGGGGCAAAGUAG